AUGUCUGGUGCUGCGGCUUCACUCGACAUUGGCCUCAUUUCGGCCGUGAUCUCCAUCAUCGAGACUACCAAAAAGGUGUAUGACGCCGCCCAAGAUGCCAAAGGUCAACCUGAAGUGUUCGGCAAGGUUGCUGCCAAACUUCCACUGGUGCUAAAAAUCCUCCAAAAAUCAAAGUUAGAAGCAGGGAAAGGCGACGAAGACAGACAGGACGAAGUGGAAAUCACCAUGGAAGCAUGCAGGGCUAAGGCAGAGAAAAUCCAGAAGAUAUUCUUCAAGGCGGCACGUAAAGACGAAGACGAGGUGCAGGUAAAGGCGCUUACAGAUGCCAUCAAAGAGAUGGACGAAAUGCAACCCUCAAUCGUUGGCGACACUGCUGGUGCAAUCAAUCAGUCAAACAGGGACGGCGGACACAACUUUGCAUGA